CGGCGCCACCGUGCACCACAGUCGACGCCGCGCCGCCGCCCCAAGCACACCGCGCUCCGCGAGGACCGUCCCCCCGCCAAGUGCGUCGAGUGACUGGCGCCAGACCGUCGCGAGUGAAGUGUGUUGGCCAGAGUGACCAGUGCGCGUGUGAACAGAGCGUGUGUGAACAGUGCCCGUCGUGGAUACCCGUCGGCAGGAUACCCCUGAGGAUUAACCGCGACGAAAACAGCAGCAGCCGUGUGGGCCCAGACAACGGCACAGCGCGACCGCGAGCAGCGCGCGCGGCAGGGGCCUGGCGCCCGGAACACAUGCAGUCGUGAUGGUGACAGACCGGCGACAUGCCGAGUCCAGGGGCUGCCCAGGUCCUCAUCCUGGUGGCACUGACGCAGCUCGCCGCGACCCAGUCCACGACGGCGCCCACCCUCAGCCUGCCGUGCUGCUUCGCGUCGGCGCAGAACGCCACCAGCCUCGGGCCCGUCGUCGUGCUCCGCCGUGACGACGAGCAGCCCGCGGCCCUGGUGGUGCCGGCGGCGGCGGCAGCGGCGGCCGGCCCCGCGGACCCCACCUGGGAGGCCACGCUGCGGCGCGCCGCCACGCGCGCCCUCACCUGGGAGGGGCUCACGGACGCGCCCUUCGUCUCCUCGCAGCACAGUGCCGAGGUGCUCGCGGCCCUGGACGAGCCGGGGGACAUCCGCGUGCUGGCCCGGGGCCUGCUGGUGGCGGACCGAGACGGACGCCCGGUGUUCCGCGAGGUCGACCUUCCCGGCGAGCAGUGCGUCGACUGCCCGACCGACCUCCCGGGGCCCAACGGUGAGAGCAUCAAGGCCAUGUGGAGCGUGCGUCGCAUCCGACACAGCGGGCCCAACGCGGAUCACCGGCCGUGCUACGAGCUGCAGUUCAGCGUGACGCCCAUCGUGCCCGCGCUGGGGCCGCUCAGCAGGUGGGAGCCACCCGGGGCCGCCGGCGCCACCGGCCAGGGGCUGCGGGCGGGGCUGCGCGCCGAGGGCAGGGUGAGCCGGCAGCGGGAGCUGCGCCCCAAGGGCCUCAUCCUGAGGGUCAACCCCGUCCCGGACACGGCGCCGCUGCAGCAGCUCGCGGCCAACGCCCUGGCGGCGCAGCAGGCCGCGCCCGCGGCAGCCAUCGGCGCCGCGCCGGGCAACAGCCUGCCCCUUCAGCAGCUGGCCGCCAGCGCCCUGGCCGCCAACGCGCUCGCCACGCAGCGCACCGACAGCAGGGGCAUGGCGGCCCUGGUCACGCCCGCCGUCGCCGUGCUGGCCAGCGAGACCCGGCCCACCACCUCGCAGCGCGUGCACGAGCACCUGCACCACCACUUCUACAUGCGCGGCGGCGUGCCCGUGUACGCGGGCAGCACCGCCGAGACGGAGUACCCCACAGCCACGCCCGGCACCACCCCGGCGUUCAGGCCGUCGCCGCAGUACCACGAGUACUCACAGCCCGAUCCGCUCUUCCACCCUCCGGCCGGGUUCGGUACGCACGUCGGGCACGCUGCAGGUGCCGGGCACGCUGCAAGUGCCGGGCACGCUGUACCCGUCGGGCACGCUGUACCCGUCGGGCACGCGUCACCAGUUGGACACGCGUCACCAGUCGGGCACGCGUCACCAGUCGGGCACGGCGCACCAGUCGGGCACGGCGCACCAGUCGGGCACGGCGCACCAGUCGGGCACGCGGGGCACGUCCACUACCCCAACUCCAUCAACGAGCAGCUCCCCCCAGCUAGGGACGACGCCGACACGCGGGUGCCCUACGUCUCGGCCAGCAAACACAGCGCCGUCACGCCCGCUGGCACGCCCCUCCCGGCGGCACGCCCCGCCACGCCCGCGGGCACGCCCCUCCCGGCAGCACGCCCCGCCACGCCGCGGCCGCCACAGCGCCACACCACCACCACCAUGCGCUUCCCUGUCGAGGCAGAGGGAGGGCCCACCGUCACCAUCCUGCCAAGCACGUCCACGUCGAUGCUGUCCAGGCCUGCGAACACCCCCACCACCCAGACGCAGGUGUACCGCAUCACGGGCGGGUACUCAUUCACCACGCCCAACUCGGUCGACGCGACACGACCGUCCAAGCCCUCCAAAGGUCCCUUCAAGACCUCAAAGGGCAGCAAGGGCCACAAAUCCAAAGUCCCGCCCCAGAACUACUACGAAAUGGGGCGACCCACCAAGGGUUACGUCGCGACUGAGCUCGAGGACCUGACGGAGGCCACAGAGCUGGCGGAUCUCAACCCCACCAUGGCAACGUCUGGGUCGAAAAGUAACGAGAAGCUCAAAGCAUCCGCCACGACUGCCCGGCCCGAAAGCGCCUCCACCGAGUACCUCUCCGAUUACCCGGCCGCUACCAUCCGGGGCACGACACCCUCCACCAGCACGUCGAGCACCUCCGCCUCCCUCGGGAGGCCGACCCCUCCGAGCCGCAUCCCACUCUUCACGCCGCACUACGGAAAGGACUUUGAAAUGUCCAUCCUGAAGGUCAUGACCUCCAGAGUGCCGUCCUACAUAGACAUUUUCACCGAGAACGGCGUACGCGUCACCACAGAACGACCCGACGUGGAGGACACUACCAUGCAGAGCCAGACCAGCCAGUACUCCAACAAGUACGGAAAGCACACAAAGGCUCUCAUCACCAGCACGCGACUCUUCAAAGAGAACCCCAACAGGGGCCCGUACUCCUUGGUGAGCAACACCAGCGAGGUGGAGAGCCUGCAGCAACACAAGCUGUCCACCACCCUCCACACAAGACUGCCCCACGGAGACGAGCCCACUUCAACCUCCGCAAACAGGCAUAAGCAUGUCGAGGCGUCGACCCCCUCAGCUCCACUACAGAUCACAUUCUUUGUCGCUUCAGAGGACGAGGCGAAACAGCCUUCGGCCAGUACACUUGUGAGUGAUCCUUUACGGCAAGAUGACACCACAACUUAUCAAUAUACAAUUCUUCGCUCAGUUGAACAGAGUAUAAAUGUCAUGAAACAUGAAAAUGAUACAGCUCAUGAAGAGUUACGAACCAGUACAGAACCUUCAUCAAGCACAAGACGUAUUUUUACUGGUAAAGAUGAACCAACUGUUCAUGCUUACAUAGCAUCAACAAACAAGAUUACAGAAGAUAAAUUUACUAGCACUCCGGACUCACUGCCACAGCCUCUAGUGAAUGGCCAUACAAAUCACAUGAACACAAAAACAAAAUAUGUGACAGAGAGUUAUUCACAACUAUUGAAAAAUUUAUCCCUCAGCUCAGAACCCCCAACAACUAGAAAGCCUUGGAGACCAAGCACAAGAGCAAGACGCCCUUGGAGGCAGAGUAGUAGUUAUAAGGACUACUAUUUGCAGAAACGUGGACAAAAUUAUACAACAACAGCAUCAUCUGUUGAUCCAACUUCCAUUGUUGAAAGUCGUAAAACUUAUUCAGUAUCAAGAAGAAGAAGACCAACCCAAGGACAACAGAGUAAAACUUUUUCAAAAAAUCAGAAAUUCAGCAAAAGGAGGGAACAGUCUGACCACCAGAUCAAUCAAGGUGAGAGCCUUCAUACCAGCCCAUCUUCAUACAUACAAGGAUCCCACAGAAAUUCAAACCACUUUAGAAAAUUCCAUCAAACCAAUUCAGACCAGUCCACCUUGCUUUGAUAAGAAGUACAACUGUAUAUAUUUAGUGUAUAAGGAGGCAUAGCUUAAUUAUUUAAAUUUUAUACCUCUGUCAGUAUUGUAAAUACAUACAAAGCAAGACUGUAUAAAUCUGUGUGUGACCAUCAAUAAAAUAUUUCUUUGAAAAUCAGCCAUACAAUCUAUGAAAA